AGUGCCCCCACGUACCCUAACCGCCAUUAAACAGAAAAAAAAGAAGAACGACGAAGCCAACUUGGAAGUGGUCCAUUGAAAGGUUGCUAGCGCGACCUCCUGUGCUGUAGAAUGUAGUAUGGACCAUAGGACAGGACGAAGAAGUCCCGUUAAGAAGCUGUGGAGGCCUAAGAUGCUCUACUAGUCUGCUGGAAAUCCAAAGAAGACGAAGGAGUAAAAAGCAAAAUGGCGUUUGACAGAGAAGGCCUAAACGUGGCCACUGGCCAUUAUUGUUUCUCUAUUUGUAUUUAGUGCAUACAUGUACGCAUAUAUGUCGUGUAGUAGAUGAAACAUUGUUAGUCAUUGUUUGUAUCCGGAUACAUUAGUCUGAGCGCACUUUAUGUGCUAGCUUAGCUUGCUAGUUAGCUUAGCUUGUUAGCUGCUAACAAAGACACGCGGACGUUAUCAACACAUCGCUAAGUAGAGAUCAAAUGUGAGUGUAAAGUGUUGUGAUUGUGUGAAAAUGUGCGAAAGAACGAUAGCAAAGUAUGAGGAGGAACUUUGUCCAACAAAAGAGGAGAAGGAGCGACAACAUCAACUUAUGGACGCUCAAGUUGUGUUACACAGAACAGACGUCCAGCAGCCCCCCCACAUUAAAGAGGAAGACGAGGAUCCACAGCCUCCCCACAUUAAAGAGGAAGAGGAGGAAGUGUGGAUCACUCAGGAGGGAGAGUGUCUUCUAGGGCAGGAGGAGGAUGAUGUCACCAAGUUUCCACUGACUGUUGUCUCUGUGAAGACUGAAGAGCAUGAAGACAAACCACCUGAGUCCUCACAGCUUCAUCACAGUCCAAACGUCUGUGCAGAACAACUUCUGCCUGAAAAACAGGAGUGUAGCUUCAGGAUGGUGAAGGAGGAUCCAUCAAAGAGGAAGACCAGGUGCCACAGACCCUCUGGUGUCUCCUUUUCCUCUUUGACACAGACCCUUCCCUGUAAAAAGGAAGAGGAAGACUCACUGACGCCCCACCUAAAAGAGGAAGAGGCGGAACACACCGUUAGUCAGGAGGGAGAUCAUAUUGAAGGACUGGUGGAGUUCCCAGUGACUGGUGUCCCUGUGAAGAGUGAAGAUGAGGAGGUCAAAGGUGAAAGUGAGGAGAAGAGAGAGGCGGAGCCUCCAAGCAGCAGCUCAACACAACACAUGACAACAGAAGCUGAUGGAGACCACUGUGGAGGAUCACAAGCAGACAAGCUCUUAGCUCCACUAUCAGAUAGUGAGGACACAACGUCACACUCUCCUGACACUGAUGAUGAAGACUCUAAAGAUGAUAAGACAUGUCACACUGACAACACUCACUUGAAAUGUUCUCACUGUGACAAAACCUUUAAAUACAAUUGUCAUCUGAAAAGACACAUCAGUACACACACUGGAGAAAAACCUUUUACCUGUUCAAUCUGUAGUAAAGGUUUUGUAGAAGGUCGCAAUUUGAAAGUACACAUGAGAAUACACACUGGUGAAAAACCUUUUAUCUGUUCAAUCUGUGGUACAGGUUUUGUACAAAGUCACAGAUUGAAAGUACACAUAAGAAUACACACUGGUGAAAAACCGUUUUCUUGUUCAAUCUGUGCCUGCAAUAAGGUUCAGCGUCACACUGGGCCGCAAAGCACGUGUCUGUCCCGUCGCCAAAAGCCCAGCCCUGGAGGCCUUAGGCCCAGGAUGGUGUAG